AUGUGUCUUAACUCCUUCAACAGAGCAAUCUAUAAAAGACUAUUCUUUUACAUUCAAUCAAAUCCAAUUUCUACCACACCUGUUCCCACCCACCAGCAAAUAGCCCAUCUAAUUCUAGAACAGAAAUGUGCUAACGAAGCCAUAAAAACCUUCAGAUGGGCAUCCAAAGUUCCCAAGUUUACUCACACCCAGUCCACCUACAGAGCUUUAAUUCACAAGCUCUGCAUUUUUCGACGAUUCGAUACUGUCAAACAACUGCUCGACGAAAUGCCUGGUUCAAUUGGGUCACCACCUGAGGAGGACAUUUUCAUCACAAUAGUCCGGGGACUUGGCCGUGCGCGGAUGAUUAGAGAUGUGAUCAGAGUACUUGAGUUGGUUUCUAAGUUUGAAAAGACUCCAUCUUUGAAGCUAUACAAUUCUAUACUUGAUGUUCUAGUGAAGGAAGAUAUUGAUAUUGCUAGGCAGUUUUACAGGAAGAAAAUGAUGGGCAGUGGGGUACAGGGUGAUGAUUAUACUUAUGGAAUUUUGAUGAAAGGGCUUUGCUUGACUAGUAGGAUUGGGGAUGGUUUUAAGCUUUUGCAAGUGAUGAAGACCCGAGGCAUCAGGCCUAAUGUUGUAGUAUAUAAUACCUUGAUUCAUGCUCUUUGUAAGAAUGGUAAGGUUGGGAGAGCUAGAAGUUUGAUGAGUGACAUGGAAAUGCCUAACGAUGUCACCUUUAAUACUUUGAUAUCUGCCUACUGUCGGGAGGAAAACUUAGUGCAGGCUCUUGUGGUUUUGGAAAAGAGCUUUGGUAGUGGGUUUGUGCCUGAUGUGGUUACAGUGACAAAAGUGGUGGAAACUCUAUGCAAUGCCGGGCGUGCUUUUGAUGCAGUUGAGAUUUUAGAAAGAGUCGAGGGGAUGGGAGGGACCCUUGAUAUUGUAGCCUAUAACACUCUGAUUAAAGGGUUUUGUAGACUAGGCAAAGUGAAGGUUGGACGUCAUCUAAUGAAGGAGAUGGAGAUGAAAGGAUUUCUGCCCAACGCAGACACAUAUAAUGCAUUGAUUUCUGGUCUCUGCGACUCUGGGAUGUUGGAUUCAGCCCUUGACAUGUUUGAUGAGAUGAAAAGGGUUGGCAUAGAUUGGAACUUUGUCACAUUUGAUACACUAAUCCAUGGCUUGUGUUCGGGUGAGAAGAUGGAAGAUGGCUUUAAGGUUUUGGAGCUGAUGGAGGACAGUAAAUGGGGCUCUGGUGGUCAAAUUAGUCCUUACAACAGCAUCAUAUAUGGCCUGUGUAAGGAGAAUCGAUUUGAUGAAGCACUUGAGUUUCUGAUGAAGAUGGAAAAGUUAUUUCCAAGAUCUGUAAGCAGGAGCUCUAAAAUUCUAAGACUCUGUGAGAAUGGCAGUACUGAUGAAGCUAAGAAAAUUUAUGAUCAGAUGACUGAGGAAGGCGGUGCUCCAAGUGCUCUGGUUUAUGCAAAGAUGAUUCAAGUGUUUUGCCAACUAGAACGUAUAAAGGAAGCAUUAGAAUUAUUGACUGACAUGGUUGGUCGGGGUUAUUCUCCUAUCGUUUCAACUGUCAAUGCGCUGAUUGGUGGACUUUGCAGGCAGGGUAAGGUUGGAUAUGCAGUAAAACUCAUGGAAGACAUGAUCGCAAGAGGAUGCUUGCCUGACGCUGGAAGUUAUAACCUAAUGGUUAAUACAUGUUGUUCUAAAGAGGAUUUCCAAACAGCUUUAGUAUUGUUUCUGCAAAUGUUGGAGAAGGGUAUUAUCCCUGAUUAUGAUUCGUGGAAUGCUUUGGUUUUAUGCCUAUGUCGCAAAACAGUUUGGUCAGAAGGCAGGAACAUGUUUAAUGUAAAGAAUCAGUUGGAAUGCAUAAUGAAAACGUAACAUCUUAUCCAUUUUUCAAAUCUGCAGGCUAUCAUGUUUAAUCUUGAAAUAUGAAGGCUGAGGAGUUCACCAAAUCACGUAUUUGAAAAGCUGAAUAUUUGAGAAGCAAGAGUUGUUCUUUCUAGGCUUCUUUAUUGCACUUUCUCAGAGUUUUAAUGUAAGGGAGAAACAGUGGUGGACUUACUAAAUCCAAUUUUGAGCUGCAAUUGCCAUGGUACUGGAAUUGGCUUUUCCACCGGAAACUGCUAUUGAUUGAGUGUAAUUGGAUAAAGAUGAAGAGAGCUCAUACUCAGAUGCGCUCAUUGUUUCAAGGAAGAUAGUCCACUUCUUAGUUCUCGCUUAUGUAUCUCCUGUCUUCCCACACCAAGACUGGUGUCAAUGUCUUCAUUGCUAUAACUGGAGCAGGAGUCCCUUGCCAUUACCUGUCCUUCAUUAAUGAGCACAACCUUCCUUGCUUACCACUGCAUCAUGUUCCUUGUUAAUAGUCACAGAAGACUUAAAUUCAUUGUUGAGUCCCUAGCAUCACAUCUUUUGGUGACCUUGGCUUUGUCGUAAGUGAUCCUGUUGGCAGGUUUGCUGUUGAUGCAAUGAUUGUCCAUUCUCAAGGUUGCUUGCAUUAGCUACAUGAUUUCUAUAGCUAAUAAUUGCUAUGUUGUACCUGCAUCAGCCUACAUGUGGAGCUGUUUUCGAUCCAAACUUGGUUGUAUUUAAUUCUUACACCGUUUGGCCCUUAUGAGAUAUGUGCUGAUGUAAUAGAAUAGUCGAGCUUUGGAGGCAGUGAUUGCUGAAGAUCUUUUGAUUUUCUAACAAAUUGGCCUAUUUUGGAAACCUUUUGUUGGUCGAAUGUGUUUGUCUAUGGAAAAGCUUGGGCUUCUGCUUUAAUAUCAUUAGGGUGUGGAGAUUUGGAGCUUUGGUUUAUUUUGCGUUCGGUGGAUAAGAAGAUAUAAGCACAACCAACUUUGGGUGCAGGUACAUUUGAGCAGCCUUGUUCCGUUGAGUAUGUGCAUAUCUAUUUCUUUGUUUUCCCACCCGUGAUCAAACCAUUCUGAGGUGGUGGAGAUUCUGCAAAGUAUUUGCUUGUGGCUCAGAGGGUUUAUGGCUUUGGCUGUGACUCGGUGGCUCUUCUGGUGAGGACUUUUCAGAUUCUUGUGUCUGAUGUGGAGUAGUGCUAGCAUUGUUUUGAUUUUGCUGCUUCUUUGUCUCUGGUGUGGAUUAGUGUUUGCAUGUGCAGGAGGAAGAUGUUGCA